CUAACUUCUUCUUAGUUUUGGUUUGUUUAUAACUUAUAUUUUAACUUUGUUAAGUUUUGGAUAUAUAAUAAAAUAUUUACAGUCUGUCCAUAGAAAUGUCUUACUGCGUUUCGCACGGCAAGGACAAGGUAAUGUUCCUUACCAAAGAAGAUCUCAAAGGUCCAAGUUCUAUUGUUUUACCAGAAUCUGAUGAACCUAGAGGUUUACUUUUACCUAAUGGCGAAAUCAACUGGGGGUGUCCUUGCUUAGGAGAUGCAGCCAUUGGUCCAUGUAGCGUUGAGUUUCGAACCUCACUCAGUUGCUUUCACAAAAGCACAGCUGACCCUAAAGGAAGUGAUUGCCUCCAGGAAUUUAGAGAUGUGAAUGACUGCAUGGAGCGCUACCCAGAUCUUUUCAGUACUAGGCAAAACCGGGAAUCAGAUGAAGCAGCACUCAAGAGCUUAGAUGAAGAUACAGAAGACUUCAAUUCUACAGAAGAAGCACAGACUUCAAAUGAAACAACGGUUUCAAAGACUGAUUCAUCUACUAAGUAACAUUAGUAUUGUUAGGUCAUUAUCUAAUUACAUUAAUUAAGUUAAAAUAACUGUUGUUUCAUUGUUGACAUCUAUUGCUGUUGCAUCAUGAGUAUUAUAUGCAAUUGUGUGAAUCAUAAUUAAUACAUGGCAUAUACUGUG